CGCGCGCUCUCGCAGGCUGCUUGCUUCGCUGCUUGCUGUCUGGUGUACGUCGAGCUGCUGCUGCCGCUGUUUGCUGCUGCGAUUGCCUUGCUUGGACUCGCGGCCUGCUGCUGAGCAGGUGCCGAGCUAGGUCAAGGAGUAAGGAGGAGGUGGUGGAGAAGGGGUGCAGAGGAAGAGGGAGCGAGGGAGACGGAGGAACUCUAGGAGGGACUGGACUGGAGGAGGAGGAGGAGGAGGAGGAGGAGGAGGAAAACAUAGGAAAUGUAUCAGCCGCCAAACCUUCGGCCGGACGACAUCAGAUCCUCUCGAGCUGCCGAGAGGAUCGAGAGCGACUUUGUCGACCGGGCAGUGAGGAUCACCAUUCGAGACGGACGGCUGUUCGAGGGCAGAUUUGCGUGCGUCGACAGCGGGUGCAACAUCAUCCUCAGCGAAGCAGCCAUGGGACAGUCUUCUGUACCCUUUGUCGAGCUUUCUCCGGUGCGACCCAACAUACAACCCGGUGUAGGCCCGGAGGGUGCUACUGAACUGGCAAAGGGACAGGAGCUCUGGACAGGGGAAGGACAUGGACCUGGUCGCGGUAAUCCUGUAUUCGACAGCCAGGCUCACGAAGCAAUGGAUCAAAGCACAGGCCCGCGUUUCACUUAUUCUCAUGCCUCGCAGCUUGACAUUGGUCCUGGUGGUAGUAGUAGUGGUAGUAGUGCCCAGUCUCCUGGUAUAACCCGCCUCCUCUAUUCGCGAACAGAAGAGCCGGCACCCUCGACCAGGUCUGCAGCAGCUCGUCGAAUCAAUUCUGGCUUAAAAAGAGCGGCACCAGGUGAGAAGAAGACGAAACAGAGGACACAAAGCACUCCUGGUGAUCCUGCCGCAGGAAGCUCGCAGCGGCUGUUGCAGUCCUCACGCCCGGGCGAUGGUGGAACCGCGGCUGGAGCCCAAAUCAGCCCGUCUGCUCGCUUCUACACCCCACCUGCACCACCUCCCCUUGUCCUGGAAAGUCGGCGGGCCUCGGUAAGCAACGUUCCCUUCUCCCAGACGGGCGCACAAACACGUCCAAACCCACCUGCCUCGAGCCCCAGCCGUGCUACUCCGAGCUCCAGCCUCGGUCUCAUGCUUGGUCGGCCCCUUGCAACUUCCGAUCCCUCACCGUCGCCAGCGCACUUCUCACUUCCUCCCAUGCAGAUUGCUGACGAAGUCUCGAAAUUGGGUGAAUCAGGUCCUGUGGAAAGUCAACGCGGUCGGCGAGGUCGCCCAGCAAGGGCUGCUACCGUCUCCUCUCGUGGCCGCCGCCUUUCUCAGCGAAACGUAUCAUUCCUUGUUCCCCAGACCCCUGGAGUAACAUCUGAAAGCUCCGCUCCCGCUUCGUCGCGCACACAUCCCGAGGUCUUGCCUGAGCACUCCGGUCGAGUCAUCUUCGUUCUUGAACGUGCCGAUCGCCGUCGUCGCAGCUCGGAGGGCCACCUCGUCGGCGAUCCUCGUCGGGUGCAGCACAACAUGCCUCCUCCUCCUCUAACCCCUCGCUUCACUUCUAAUCCCGGCAGUAGCGGAAGCACACAGGGACCUGCUCUUGCCGAGAGUCCUCGCAGUCGUACUGACUUAGUGUCCUUUCGCGGCAUUGGCUCAAGCAGAGUACAGAGCCAACGCAGCGACCAUCAUCAACGGUCCAGCAGCGACGUUAGUGGCUUAACGGGGGGCAUCGAUGUCCGAGGAAGCCACGGAGUGCGUCAUAAUCAUAGCAAUAGCGACCCUGUUCCCUUCAACCAAGCUGUGGUUGCCUCUCCCCACGUCGGCACCCAGCACGCAGUCGGACUUUACCAGCCCGGCUGGAACCCAAUGACGCAUCGAAAUAGAGCUUUCUCAUCGGCCGGACUCGGAGCCGGUCCUUACCCUGGGUUUCAUCUUGACUCUGCGGGCGUCACUUCAAGUACUGGUCAGGGCAGCAGCCAGGAUGAAAAUCGAGCCGGCUUAUCAAGCUCAGGCAUGUCUGACCCCGCUGCACAUGUCGGUACUGGCGAGUCGUAUCGUAACAUGCCCACGAGCAGCCACGCCGGUCCACUUCGUCCUUUCCAUGCAGAAGCUUCCAGACCCGGUGAAGAAGAGCGUCAGGGCGCCCUUACCCAUCAACACCACCAACAAGCUUCCAAGGAAUGGCAGAGCAGAGGCACCGGACCGGAGGAAGAGAGGGACCAACCUGGGGCUCUGUAGAACCCAGGCAACUCAUUCUUCUUUCGCACCACGAGCACCCAACCAUGCACACGGCUCUCUCACCGAGACCUCACCGUAAUGCCAAGCGAUACCUUUUCAUUUUUACCAUUAUCUCGAUACGCAACGCACCGAACAAGCGACCACACGAACGAUUUCCACACAAGCGCAACCUAGACAUCACUGUAGCCUUAUCAACACCAUAUUAGCUCAUCAACUCAUCAUAGAGAAAGUCAUCAAAGCAAGCGGUUUCACACGCCUGAAUCAACAACACUUUGCUCCC